ACACCCCAUAUACAUCCUUCCAGUCGCCUCCAGACUGAUCGCGUAAGAAUCCUGACUUUCAUCGUUCAACUCAGAACAUUCCCGCAUCAAAGGCCAUUUCACGACCAAGAACCAUCAACAUGCCACCAUCAAAGUGGGACGACGAAGAUGAGGAAAGCACUCCUCCCACCUCUCCUCCCCCGAUCGCCCGCCGCAGCAAAUUCGACGAUGAGGAAGAAGACUCCGACGUGCUAGAGUCAUGGAGCGCCGCAGAGGACUCCGAGGUGGAGCGAGAGAAGGAAAAGAAAGCCGCCGAACUCAAAGCGAAAGCCGACGCCGAAGCCAAGGCGAAGCACAAGUCCAAGACCCAGCGGAUCGAGGAGCGACAGAGGGAAAAGCAGCGACAACGCGAACUCGAAGAGGAGACCUCAGAUUCGGAUGAAGAUGAGCUGGACCGGAGAGCACGGCUGAAGCAGGCGCAGAUAGAUGCCGAUCUGCGCAAUGCACAGGACCUCUUCGCCGACGUCGCAGUUUCAAGUAACCGGGGUGGGAAACACAUCACGGUACCAGACGCCAGCAACCCAACGAACAGCAUCGAUCUCUCCUCCAUGCCUCUCUUCAACCCACACACCAAGGACCAGUUCGCCAAGAUGCGCGAAGCGCUGGUUCCCCUCGUCUCCGCGAACUCGAAGAAGCCUCAAUACCCGCUGUUCAUGCCGGAGUUUGUGAAGGGGAUCUGUAAAGACAUGUCGAGCGAUCAAAUCAAGAAGGCGGCGAGCGCGCUAUCUACCCUGUCGAACGAGAAGUUGAAGCAAGAGAAGGCGGCCGACAAGGGUGGGAAGAAGACAAAAGUCAAGGCAAAGGCCACCUUGUCUGCUGGCAGAGAUAUCUCGACCAGGGCAGAUACCACGCUCUACGAUGACGAUGGUCUUGAUGACGGCGAUUUCAUGUGAGAGGUGAGCGGGGGUCAAAACAAAAGAGGGAUAUCACGUUUGAUAUGCGACGGCAUCGCAUGCUUCAAGCAACCAGUGCAAUAGACGGAGUAUGGAAUUCGCACGGCUUGAAAGGAAGCAUGAUAGCCAG